UGGCUUUUGAGUCGCGAGUAGAAGUCGUUUUCCGAAAUCUCACAUAUUAUUCUUUUUUUUCUCACAUGAUGUGUGUGUCGUUAGUUGAUUAAUUCAUAUCCUUCAGAAAGGCGAAAUCAAGGUAAUGGGGAGAAAGAAAAAAAUUACAAAAGAUCCUGAGCCUUAUCUUAUUCAGCAUGCACCACUUAACUGGGAACAGCUCAGCACUAUUCUUGAAGUGCAGGACAGUGAUGACUCUCUGAAGGCUGUGGUUACGCAGGUUGCCACUCCAAGAGCUGGACAGGUUUACUUGGUAGAAUGUGCAGGUGCUCGAUUUGCUCGAUAUGAUAGCCACCGUUGGACAGCAUAUUACAGACACGAUGGCUUGGGAGCCCUAUUGCCACAGGGAGAAGAGGAUAUGUACAAAGAUAAGAUUGAAGUCCGAUAUAAUAAAAAACGUGGAAAUCAUGAUAAUCUCUGCAAUGAGGCUGUCAGGAUUGUGUAUAAGUAUAAAUCCCCAGGAGAUAUUGUUCAGGGAGGCAGGGAUAUUUCCUAUCAUGUUGUCCAGUAUUUGGAAAAGUUACCAGACUAUGUAGAAAGCAAGGUAAAGCAAGACAAAGAAGUACAAGACACAGAAAUGAGAGAACUCGAGGAAAUGGCUAUGAAAGAGAAGGCAGUAAAACAGGCAGAAAAGGAGACGAGUUCACCACAAGCAGCAUCAAGCAGCUUUGGAAGAAAGAGGAAGCCAAACAGCCGUUACACAGACUUAUACAAAGUCGAGAUGACCACAACAAAAUCUCAGCAUUACAAUGAAGAAGACACAAGAACAGACUUCGAGGAUAGUGAGUAUGAGGAUGAACUCUAUGGAGAAAUGCCAGGUAGCCCCAAAAUAACUGAGGUGAGAAAACUGAUUCGUGGGAAACGUGGCCGACCCCCCAAGGUGAGAGUGAAAGGACAUGGGCGACAUGGGGGGACUACUUGGAUGGCUGGGUAUGGUGCAGAAAAGACAAAACCCAAGAGUUCAACCUUGUUCAGAAUGUGUGAGGACGACGAUGAUGAGGAUGAUGAGGAAGUUGAAGAAGAGGAGGAGGAAGAGGAAGAAGAAGUAGUUAAGGAAGAGGAAGAAGAGGAGGAGAUAACAGAUGACUCAGUGAGUGUCAGUCUCCAGAAAGUUAUUGAUAAUGAAAAGGAAAAAGAGAAGAGAACUCAAGACAUAAAAGGAGAUGAAGUGGACAUAGACUCUGGACAGAUAUGGUACUGUGUUGACUUUCCCUCUGCAGCCAUGAAAGCCUCAAUUCCUUUGACAUUAGCUCAAGUAACAGAAACUUUUGAGAAGAUCAUUCAAGGAAAGAUGCUGGUAUAUACGUCUCAAGUCUUGAUAGCAAAAUCAGGAGAUGUCUUUGCUCUAGCUGAUGAAGUUGCCCUUAGUGAUACCGAGUUGUGGUCAAUGAAAAGUAGCUUCCCUCAGCAAAACAUGCCUGGUUUGACUGUCACAUGGUAUGAUCGCACCACAAUGCCACAGGAUUGUUUUGAUCUGCAAGAUAAGCAGCCUGAUGUCAUGCUGAUUUACAAAUCAAAAAAACAUGCCAAAUUCUGCAUGGUCCACUACCUCACCCUAGAGUCAUCUGGCUUGAAGUCUCCUGUUGUCUUGGCUGGGUCUGAUACCCCAAGCUCAGACUCUGUCCUGCAGUUAUUAGAUGAUCCAGAAACUAUAUCGGAAUGCUUUGAUGAUCUGAAGAUUAAUGCUCUCCAUGCAAGUGAAAGCUUAGCAAGCACAUCAGCAAAGAACACUCAGGAACCUAAGUUGAAUACAGAGAAGAAGGGAAAGUCUCCUGGACGGCCAAGGCAUAGGGGACUGACGAGUGAAGGGGAGCUGGAGACCAAAGGGAAGAAGGUCUUUAGAGAAGGGCAACAGGAAGGGAGAAAAAGGGAAUAUGCAGAUGAUGAGCCCCAGCCUUUCCGCAUUUAUACUAAAGGGAAGCUGUACCAUGCUGACGCAGAUGAAAUAUUUAAAAAAGUGGAAGCAGGAGAAAUUACUGUAUAUAAAGAUGAGAUAAAAACACCUCAGUAUGGAGAUAUGUAUGUCCUUGAUAAGAAUUUUGUUCCAUUUAGUGAUUCAGUUCCCUGGGUGAGGGAGUACUACUAUAAGGCUCACAAUAUACUCAUGGAAAGGUUUACACUGCGAGAUUCCAAAAUGGUAUUCACGCAUCCACUCCCUCCUGCAGCAAAGUCAGUUUUCACCCUUGUUGAGAACGAGCCUCAGUUGUGCAUUGUGCAUUAUGAAAAGGGCAACAUUGGACGUGGAAAGAUAAAACAGAAGUCUGCAAAAUCAGAAGAAGCAGAACGCAACAAAAAGAUAUACACAGAAUCCAAUUCAAACUUGACACUGUCACUGGUGGCUGCAAUGCUCUCCAAUCCUGAUGAGAAAAGAAUCGUCAGUGCUCCAAUACUUAACCCACAGCCGUUCCAGGUGUACCUUCUGAGGUUACCAUCAGAAGAUAAUACCAAAGUAAUAGACAACUACAGAUGGACAGACAAAGGCUUCAAGAGGUGGCCUUUAGGAGUAAGCAACUCAGAGACAAAGCUGCUCUGCUUCCAUUGCCCAAUGAAGAUGGCACGUACUGCCAUGUGUACAGCCCUAAUGAGACAUGAGUUCAAGCACACGACAGCCUCCCCUGACCUCAGAGUUGUACACUACAUGCCUACAAGAGAAUUCAGGGAAUUUAUUGUUAUUUCAAAUGCUGCCAAACAGCUCCAAAUGACAUCUGAGCUGGCAAGGGAGGGCUGGGAAAACAUGGAACUGGAGUCAGAGGCACCUCUAUAUGUUUCCUCGAGUCGCCUCAAACCCAUCACAGUGUGGGACCUGCUGACCAGAGAUGCUCAACAUGCCAGUCUUACAGGUCUCGUUAGGAUGGAAAUCAUCAACCCUCAACCUGGGGGUGUUUACCUCAGUACCAAAUAUGAAGCACCAGAUUUACUGGUUUGGGAAGAACUAGGAAGAAUCCAGAUUCAACCAAGACUGUACCAAAUAGUUGAGGUUUGUGAGAAGAUCAGUGAUGCACAACCAUAUCUCCUGAGAUUAUGCUACACAUCACCCAAAGUUCCCCACAAAGUUUUGGUGCAUUACUUAGGGGACACAAGACCCUAUCUCAUUAAAGAAUGUGAGAUAGUGAUUGAUGAGUACACAGGAGAACCAGCAUAUAUAACCAAGGGAUUGUGGAAGAAAGGCAAACGGAAGGCCUACUUGAGCUCAGAAUAUGCACUGGUGGAAGAGAAGCUGUACAGGAUCAGCAGCCACCACAUGAGAGAUGUUGGUUGUAUGCCACUCAAGCUAGAGGACCUUGACAUUACAGUUAAGCUUGAUCCACACAACCUCCCAGAUGACAAAGAGGAACUUAUAGCUCCAGAUAAACCAGGUCUCUACCUUUAUGGCCACAGGAUGAUGAAGAAGAGGAUAGUUCGUCUCCUAGAAAAUCUUGAUCGGAGUCGUAAAACACAAAUUCCCAUAAAGAAUCCUGAGGCAGGAGAAGCAUAUUUAGUAACAAAACCCUCUGGCACUAAGGCAGCUAUAGACUCCUACAAAUGGACCCAGAAAGGAUGGCAGCCCAUACCUCGGAAGGACCCCCUAGUUCUGUGGCGCUGGGGAUUACUGCGGCACAAAAAGCAGACGUGGGCACCACCUCUCAUUCGCAUAGAUUAUGUGCACCUCAAAGUCAAUCCAGAUCUCAUGCUAGUCCAUUAUAUUCCAACCAAAGAUAAUGAAAUGAUGCUGGAAAUUAAAAGUGCUAUUGUCCCUGUCCGUGCCCAGACACACUCUCUCUUGUCCUUGGGAGAUGUAAACUUUGGUCAGCACUCUCAGUUGCUAACCAACAGUGCUCUUCCUCCAAGCCACAUAUGGGAACUGCUUAAUGCUGGAGGAGGGUUAUCUGAGCCACUCACUGAGCCUCAACCUGGAGGGGUUUAUGUUAUUAAUGUAGGUGCCAAAGAGAAGUUGGACUUGUUCCGCUGGAAGACAGUAGGUGACAUUCGACUGUCUUCCAAUGACUAUGGCCUGAUGGAAACAUCCUACCUUAUUACAUGGGAGCCAGAGGGACUUUUUGCUCGCCUCACCUACCACACACCUCUUAUCAAGAACAGGACAGUUAUACAUUACCUUGGGGAUUGCAGACCUUAUUAUGACAAAGCUAAGGCUGAGGAAGAGGAGCGUCAGAAGAAAUUGGAGUACAUUAGGAAGAAGACUGGAAGCUCUCUAGAUAUUGAUUCAGUUGGUGGUCAUGAUGCUCAUCUGUCUCUUUCGGACAUUGGACCCCGAGAUGCUGCCACAGAAGCAGUUGGCUCCAUCUUAGCAGGCUUAGGAUCAAAUAUCAUGGACACUGAUAACCUCAAUCAAACUUUUGCUGAAUUAGGAGGAGAGGUUGAAGGUUUGUGUGAGGACCAGUUGUCGCUUCUCACAUCACGUCCGGAAGAUGAGCACCUGCGUGACUGCAACCUUACCCCUAUUGAAGUUCCCUUUGGGUCUAUCUCCACAUCAAACAUUGUGAAAGAACUCUUCCCACAGGGCUUGCCAAAGAUAACUAUCCAGAAGGUCCUUGAGGUAGAACCAUCAGAGCCUUUGCCCAAGAAGAGAAGACUGAAUAAUGUCAUUGAGCUGCCAGAGCCAAAGACCGAACUCAAGGAUGAUGACAAGAUAGUGACAGGUUCAUUCCGAGCUGUGCCACGAAGUCUAGAGGACUGGAACGAGGAAGAGGAAGAAAAAGAUGACUGUGAAGAAGGGGAGCAGCUCCAUCGCACUCGCCUGCAAAUAACCACUACUGAACCACGGACUAUUGUUUAUGUUAGGCAGCAGGAAAUUCUGACUGAGAAACAGAUUGAUCAUAUGUUGUGUUACCCAGAUAUAAGUCGUAUUUCCUUCCUGCCACUCAUAGAUCCACAGCCAGGAGAUGUCUUUGUUGUUGCAAUACCAUACAGAAAAGGAGAAGUCAGAAGAAUGGAUUGCUACAACUGGUAUGUUACCGGACACAAGAAAGGAAAAUACAGACGAACUUACAGCUAUAUCAAGGAAGAGGAUGGCAACAUCAGUCACAGAUUACUGCGUUACACCUAUGACUAUGCCUGGGAGAGUAUGCCUGGAUUACGAGUGAUUCACUACAUACCUGGGGAUCCUCGCCACCAAGUUCAGUGUGUGGGGAAGAAGCCGAACUUUGAGGAAGAGCCUGAGGGACAAGGAAAUGGACCUUUGUACAGAGCCUACACAGCACCAAUGACUCAUAGAGAUGCCUUAGCUAUAAUCAAUGACCCACCAAUGUACCACUUGUGUGAUCUGCCAGUCCAGGACCCAAAAGCUGGAGAUGUUUAUAUUGUUAAAGCUCCAUCAAUGGCAAUUACAAGAAGAGAAAUGAUGUAUGACAACAUGACUUGGAGUGAAGGACACGUAAAACAUGUUGGGGGCAAACGACCAGUCGUUCGAAAAAUCAAAUAUGUGUCUGUUGAUCCAAGUGAUGGAGUAAAGUCUGAUGCAUUUGCCCGAGUGACUUGGGAAAGGCUUGUUGAUGUGACAGCACUGGAUACAGAGAUGCCCAUAUCUAGAAAAAAACAAGCUUAUAUCAUUAUUCACUACCUUGGAGAUGAAACUUUGGCUGGAGAAAUGGUUCGCAAAGGCAAAGAUGGGGCCCUUCACCUUCGUCAAAUAAGACAUUACAUAGAGACUGGAGCUUAUCUUGCUUCUGUUCACUUAACAGAGAAAAAUGGAAUUAGAAAGUCAGCCAAAAAGUUUGUAAUUGAAGAUAAAAUGAUGUAUUAUGUUGGCAAGGAUGGCUCUGAAAAGAGGUUGGUGCUGUACACCAAUGAGGAGAAAAACAAAGCAUUUGAGGAGUGUCAUGUUCUGCAUAAAUCUGGGGAACAUUGUGGUCGUACCAAGACAUUACACCGCCUUGCAAGCAAGUACUAUUGGACGAACAUGGUAGAAGAUAUUGUUGCUAUGAUUGUUAGAUGCAAAACCUGUGAGUUCAACAAAUUAAACAGACCAAACCAGAGAUAUGUUAGAGUAACUGAGCCGUGGGAGGUGGUGAGCAUUGACAUUAUUGGUCAAUUUGUCACUUCAGACCGAGGUCAUGUUUUUGUUGCAGUCAUAAUUGAUAUGUUCACCAAAUACACUGUGGCUGUUCCUCUAAGGGACACAACAGUAGCUGACUUGACUUCUGCAAUCCAAGGCAUUGUCUUCCAGCAAGGCCCUCCAAGGAAAUUUAUAUCAGAUCAGAAUGAAGACUUUAUCAAAGAGCUGAACCAGGGCCUAGAGAUGGAUGUUGGUCUAGUGGGUAAUGUGGUGGCAGUGAGCAAGACUCAGAUCAACCGGCCAGAUGAAGCCAGCAUAAAAACCUCCAUCUUGCACCAUUGUCUGGAGUCUGCCAGCUUUUGGGAUGAUCUGCUUCAGAGAAAGGUUUAUGAAAUCAACACAACAUAUGUAACUGCUAGUGGACAUACUCCAUUUUACCUCAUGUUCCAUCGCCAAGUAAGGCCAUUGGAUUUCAAUUCCAGCUUCCAGGUUAAUGGUAAUGGAAAGCCAACCUUUGUGGUAAGAGACAUUGAAAGAUAUAUGGAGGAGAGGGAGCAAAAAGCAAAUGAUAUCAUUAAUCAGGUGUUGACUGGCCAGUCAUCACAGUCAGAGCAUAAGAUUUGUCCAGAGGAGGUUGCUGCAACUGAAUGUGUGGAGAACAUCACCACAACAGCAUUGCUAGAUGCAGUACAUGAUGGCAGUCAUGAUCACCAGACCAGUGUUCAGGUUGUAACUGGGACUUCAGGGCCUGACGAAGAUCAUGCUCACUAUACACAUGUGGCUCAUCUUUCAGAAGGACAGGUGAUUCAGGACCCAGGAGGCUCAGUAUAUGAAAUGGCUGAUGGUGAGGGCCAUGUUGUGGUGGUAGCAGACGGAAUGCCUGGACUAGAGGAUGGAAGUGAAGUACCUGGUCAACAUAUGGUAGUUGUUCAACCUGGUACAGGAGACCAGAAUGUAGUCAUGCUCACAGAGAACCAAGUUAUCAUGGAAACAGUGGAUGGUCAGCAGUUUACAUACAUGCCACAAACAUGAAACAAUAUCAGUCAAAAUUUUUACCAUUGAUUAAUUGCAAAUCUGUGGAAGUUUCUGAGUUUAGUUGGUUGAAACCUUUCUUGCAGUUGAAUGAGAAACUUAUCCCUUUGUGAAAGGCAUCUGCAAGAAACUUUUUUGAAAUAAUAUGGCUGUUUAUGCUUCUUUGCAUUAACUAAGUAGAUGGUUGGAACUGCAAUUAGGGGGAGAAGGUGUACCCUGACUUAGAUACUUUUUCAGCAUUGAAGUACAAAAUGUAUCUCUUUUUAUGCCAAAGUAAUUGGAA